GAGACGGGUUCGUGUGCCUUUAUCAUUUUUGUCUUGGCUUCGCGGUACUUCAAAUAAAGAACGUAUUAAAAUGGUCCCUCAAAUCUUGUUAAAGAGUCAACUUAUGAAUAUUAGAAUAGAAGAAUCAUGUUUUCGGUUAUUGAUACGUGCUCUUUGUAGAAUAAAUAGAGUUGGUUAUGCUAUUGAGAUGUUAAAUGGAAUGAUAAAUGAUGGAUUUAGUGUUGAUUCAAGAACUUUCUCUUUAGUAUUGGCAUCAGUUUGUGAAGAAAAAGAUUUGUCAAGUGUUCAGGUUUUAGGCUUUCUUGAAGGAAUUAGAAAGUUAGGGUUUUGUCCUGGUAUGGUUGAUUAUACUAAUGUGAUUAGGUGUUUGGUGAAGAAAGAAAAGGGUUUGGAGGCUUUGAAUGUUUUGAAUAAGAUGAAAUUAGAUGGUAUUAAACCUGAUAUUAUUUGUUAUGGUAUGGUUAUGAGUGGGGUUGUUGCAGAUGAAGAUUAUGUGAAAGCAGAGAAGCUGUUUGAUGAAUUGCUUGUAUUGGGUUUGGUUCCUAAUGUUCAUACCUACAAUGUGUAUAUAAAUUGUUUAUGUAAGAAAAAUAAUGUUGAAGCCGGAAUCAAGAUGAUUGCUUGUAUGGAGGAGUUGGGAUGCAAGCCUAAUGUGAUUACUUAUUAUACGUUACUGAGGGAGUUGUGUAAGGUGGGGGAGCUGGGGAGGUCAAAGGAGCUUAUGAGGGAGAUGGGAUUGAAAGGCAUUGCAAUGAAUUUGCAGACGUAUACUAUUAUGAUUAAUGGUUUGGUCAGUAAAGGUGAAGUUAUUGAAGCUUGCUAUUUGUUGGAGGAAGUAUUGGAUAAAGAUUUUUGCCCGCCAAGUUUGAUGUUUGAUAAGGCAAUUUGUGGGUUGUGCCAUAGAGGUUUUGUUUGUAGAGCCCUUGAAUUGCUUAAAAAAAUGGGUGAGAAGAAUGUAUCUCCAGGGGCUAGAGUUUGGAAAGCUCUUCUUCUUAGCUCCGGGUCCAAACUUGAUUUUUCAAAUACCUCUCUGACUGGUUUGGUGGAUAACUUGAAGUAUGAUAUUUGA